AUGGAUGAAUACUAAGUUUUUUUUAAAGCAAAACUAAUUGAAUAUCAAAAAAAUAAAGUGGAAAUCUCAAGGGAAGAAAUGAUGAUAGAAAUAUCAGGAAUGUGGGAGCAAUAUAAAAAUGAAAAGGAUACAAAAAAUAUUGAUGGAAAUGAGUAAUUAUAUUUUCAAAUCUUUGAUUUUCUUCUUACUCGUAAACAAAAAGAAUAUGAAAGACAAUAAUUGGAUUCAAUUAAUCAUAUGGCAUCUCAACCGAUCAAUUAGAGAAAAAAAAAAAUUCAAGCGCCAACAAUUCAAAUUUCAUAUUGUGCAAGCGAACCUAAAUUUAUAAUUGAAGCUAGAACCUUAGCUAUGAAUAUACUCAAAGAAUUCAAAGUUAAUAUUGUCAAAAGUCAAAUACAUCAUUCAUCAUAAAAUAUUUCUGUAGUUUUAUAUUAAGAAAUAAAAAAUAUAGAAAUAUGGUCUUAUUUAAGAGAUGGACCUUUAGAUUAUUCAAAAAUAUCAAAUUUAAUUUCAAGACAUCUUUAAAAAUAGUGA